CAUGUUCAUUACAGUACUGACACAGAGGAGUCUAGCUGUAGCUCAGUUAUAAUAAAACGAUAUUGGCGAGGUGCGGCAUAAAAUAAGCACAGGAACGGAGAAAAGGGGAACAUUUACAAGGGGAAAUAAACACAUAUUGGUGGUAAACAUUAUCACUCCCUCCUAUAUAAAACGCCAGAAGAGGGAAUCAAUUGAGAGGGAGCGAGAGGAAAAAGAGCGCUGAAGGCAGCCCACUCAAUAGCCACUUAUUAGGCGAAUAGCCUACAUUCCAGUCGGAUUUGCGUACAUUAAUAAACCAUCAUAAGAAAUGUCUGCCCCAGCUGCUGCCGGCGCCCCCGUUGAUGGAGCGGCGCCCCCUCCCAACCUCACCAGCAACCGCCGCCUGCAACAGACACAGGCUCAGGUGGAUGAGGUGGUGGAUAUCAUGCGUGUAAACGUGGAUAAGGUUCUGGAGCGUGAUCAGAAGCUGUCAGAGCUGGAUGAUCGGGCCGAUGCUCUGCAGGCUGGAGCCUCACAGUUCGAGACCAGCGCUGCAAAACUCAAGAACAAGUAUUGGUGGAAGAAUGCCAAGAUGAUGAUUAUCCUGGGGCUGAUAUGUGCGAUUGUCCUCAUUGUCCUCAUCGUCUACUUCAGCACCUAAGAUGAGUGGCUCAAGACUGCCCGCUUCCUUGCAACAGAAAAUUCUUUAAAUUGAUGAGGAAAUGAUCCACUAACGUUGAAUUCAUGAAAUUGCUCCUAAAUAGUCUCAAUAUGACCCUGCCCUGAACGCCCUGACCCCCUCAACCCCUGCUUCCACCGCCUCACCUCUGGACUCCUGUCAGUCUAUGUCCUGUAAAUCUGUGGACCUGCCUCCUUUGUAAAUGCUUCCUGCUUUUCUAAUCUGUCGUUCAUACUCAGACUCCAAUACUUGUUGUGAUUGUUACCGAUGACAACAACAGAAAAGGAAAAUGAUGACCCUGGUGAUAAUUGUUAUAUACCAGACACAUAUAUAUAGUUCUUUGUAGAGUUUUAUUCUGAUAUAAUGUUUUUGUAGGUUGUGUGUGGGUGUGCGUUUUGUAUUUUUCAAUUGUUGUAUUAAUUUGACUUGUGCUUCAGAUUUGAACUACUGCCUAUUAAUCAGUGUGUAUAUCUUGCACAUUCUCUCUCACUGUCUCUGCCUGUCUCUGGAUUUCUCUCUCUUGCUCUGUCUCACAUAGAGUAUAGGUGCAUCUUUGCACAGUGACAUAGUGUCCUUUAACCGAGGUACUUCAUCACUAUUCCCAUCCCCUUCUCCCAUCUUUUGCUUCUCCAUCACUUUCUCUCUUCUAUACCAUGUAGCCAUACUGUCUCUUCAGAAUCCUUUCACCCUUUCUCUUUGUCUUCGUUUCUGUUUCCCCGUCUGUUGUUUCCUAGUCAUAUACCUUCUCUUUUUAAACUACCAUUAGAAUUGGACCAAUGUCUGUAGAUGUUUUUAUUUUUAUUUGACUUAGUGUCUUAUUUCGAGAACAUUCCUUGAUGGCAGUCUAGUACAAAUGCUGUCACUGUAGCACAUGUAUGUGUGAGUAUCUUUGAAAACAGAAAAUAGAUAGCCUGUAUAAAGUAACCGUACAUAUUAUCGUAGAGAUCAAUAUAACAAGCCAGAGGGGGGAAAAUAACAAUAUUGAUAGAAAGGAGGGCUGACUAGUUUUUGUUUGGUGGAUCAUAAUUUGAACCUGAUUCAUUUGUUCAUCAAAUUGCAUAACGUUGCUGUGACAAUGGACCAAUCCUACAGAGAUGUCAUUACUAACUAAAUAAUCACAAUGACACAGUAAAGCCUUAGUCUCUAAUCAAAACGUAUCACCUUAAUGGUCAAAUUGUUCCCAUCCACUCUUUAUUUUGUGUAGGGGGAAUGGCUGACUGAAAACGGUUAGGUGGUAUGAAAUGCACAAAGAACUUUGAUAUUGAUGGCGCUGUCUGACUGGUCAACAGAAUGACCGCUGUCUGACUGGUCAACAGAAUGACCGCUGUCUGACUGGUCAACAGAAUGACCGCUGUCUGACUGGUCAACAGAAUGACCGCUGUCUGACUGGUCAACAGAAUGACCGCUGUUUGACUGGUCAACAGAAUGACCGCUGUCUGACUGGUCAACAGAAUGACCGCUGUCUGACUGGUCAACAGAAUGACCGCUGUCUGACUGGUGAACAGAAUGACCGCUGUCUGACUGGUCAACAGAAUGACCGCUGUCUGACUGGUCAACAGAAUGACCGCUGUCUGACUGGUCAACAGAAUGACCGCUGUCUGACUGGUGAACAGAAUGACCGGCAGAGAGAGAACCUCUUGCAGCAAAACCUCACCUAUUGAUGAGCACACACACAGACAACUCAGCCUUAUUUGAAAGUGAAGGUACAAGUAUUAAGAUAGAUGAAGCAACUGGCAUAGACAAACAGUCGUAGAACAAGAGGAUCUAGAGAAAGGGUACCAGCUUCAUCGACAGAUUCAGAGUUGCUGUAAAACUUAACUGAACAUUCCUAGAAAUGUCAUGAAAAACGUCUUAGCAUUCCAGCACACAAGAUAGAGUGAGCGUUUAGCUAGUGCUGUGGUUCUCUCUCUUUCUUUCAUUUCUCCCUAGUUACUGCCUUUUUCUUUUUUAAACAUAGUAAUAGAGUAUAUUUUAUAUAGCAUAUUUUUGUGUUUGUGUGAAGCAGACAGGUAAAGAGGAAACUGAACUCAAGCAGGGCUUCACUAACUGCUGUGAGCAGUGAGCUCCUCUCUACCUUUUUGCGUGUAUGUGUCUUUUUGCGGUUUACCUCUGUAAGAUAAACACUGCCAAGAAACUAGGGAGAGGCUUUUAUUUUCUGUUAUUUUCUCAUUGGUGCGCUUAAUGUUAUGGUCUUAGUGGAUUGCUCUUGCAUGGUUACCUCUUGUCCCAUGUCCUCGUAAAGGCCUACCUGUUGCUAGUGCUAUUGAUCUGCCAGCUCUGUUAGCCUAUGUUAUGAGUAGUAACAGAAAGACCCCUGGAACUGUGGGAUAUAUAGUUGUUCCCAUAGGUUAUGUCACUUCAACAUGACCUCUUCCCCUCUGUUCCACCAGAUCUGCAUACUUCCUACAUCCUCCUGUUUCACCUCCGUCCCCAGUUCCCCCCUCACUGAUUCAGGAUCCUACACUGUGAAUGUGUGUGUUGGUGAAACACUGCCGCCCUGGGAAUAUCCCUAGUUUAUCUUGACAGAUUAGGCCACUUAGACCUCACCGAUGUGGGCAAGCUGUUUCCACGACAACUGAAUUCGAUGAGCAGAGUGGUGAGGUAACAGAUUAGCCCACUGACUCUUUCAGACUGGUCAAGUUUGCCAUUUUUCCAGGUAUGCUCAAGGAAUAUUAACUGGCAGAGACCCCCCCCAACCACCCAUCACUUUACGAAUAAACGACACAGAUAUUCCCUUGCUCUUUCUCUCGCCCCCCCUCUCUGCUUCAAAAUUAUAUAUAUAUAUAUAUUCUCUCUCUCUCUCUCUCUCUCUCUCUCUCUCUCUCUCUCUCUCUCUCUCUCUCUCUCCUCUCUCCCUCUCUCUCUCUCUCUCUCUCUCUCUCUCUCUCUCUCUCUCUCUCUCUCUCUCUCUCUCUCUCUCUCUCUCUCUCUCUCUCUCUCUCUCUCUCUCUCUCUCUCUCUCUCUCUCUCUCUCUCUCUCAUCACACACAUGUUAAUGGGAAUGGCCUUAUCCAUUAUCUCCCUGUGAAGCAUAUCCCCCACCCUCCCACUUUAAUCCACUUAAGUAGAGCAAACUAAUUCAGAGGGAAAUUACCAAAGACCAGGUCUUCUUGCUUAUGCUGCCAACUGCCAUCAAAACAAGUAGAGGAACACAACAUAUUUUACCCGGGUCACUUUAACAGCAAUAGUACUGGUACUUGUUUUUGAAAGCAUACCCUUAACCCAAAAUACCUAGUCACAUGACCUUUUAACCCUUUCAGAUCUUAGUCAACAUGUCAUACCCGGCAAAUAGAUGGUGACAUUAUGUGCUAUUUGAAGAUAUGUAAGAGAAACCAAACCUAAGUAAAAUGUGCUUCAUCCCUCUCCCCCACCAUAAAACUACUUUAAUCUGUACCAAGUCUUUAGACAAAUGCUCCUAUAACUAAUAAUAGCACAAUUUAUCUUUUGUGUGUCUCUGUCGUGCUGACAACAAUUUAAAGAUAAAAAAAAACUAUGACCGUUAUCUAUAGCUGUUUAACAAAACAAACAAAACAUGUAUAAAAACAAGUCUGUAUUGUCUGGUGUUGUAGUGUGGGGGUAUAUUUGGGGGAAGGGGUUCCUAUUUCCUCAGGUCAGGGAUUAUAACAGUUCAUGAAAAUCUACAAUGUGAAAACGAAAAACUACAUGAAGCUAUAUAAACAUUUGAAUAGUAAAUAAUCACAAUUUUGAAGGUGACAAAAAAUUGAGGACUGCCUUCGAGUUAUUAUUGUCUCAGUGGAUUGGAGUGACAUGACACGACGUGUCGGGGUAGGACUACUGUGUUGUUCACAAACCCAAGGGUUGACCUAAGAGUGCUCAGUAAAUUUAGAUACAAAAAUAGACAACUUUAUGUUCUGUGAGUGCUCAUUUUCUGUUGCUUUUUUUCUCUGUGAGGAUGGGUCUGUGCAACUUUUAAUGUCCAGGCACUUUUUCCUGUUGUAUUCUGGGUGCAUUUUGCGGGGCUAGAAUAUGAUGUGGAUGAGAAUAUUGUGUUAUUGCCAACCCUUAGAGGUGUUCGGUGGAUUCAACAUAGGAGGCAACCUUUUGAGGCACUGGACCGUCACAGGUUGGCAAUAAAAUCACAAUGCUCUAACUAAAACACAUGAAAUUUAUCAAAUAUAAUGUCGGACCCUAUGUUUUCUUUGUAAUUUGCGUAAAGUUAGUAAUAACGUAGGUAUGAUGUCAAUGUCUUGGGUUGUGUGUACAUUGGAAGAGGGGGAAAGAUUAAAUAAAGACUUGUUCUCUAUGUUAAUCAUGUCAGACAAGUCAAGAAAAUGGGAUGUUACUGGAAAAAUACAUUUUAUUUUAACCCUCUAGUCAAAUUUCCAGAAUUCUUAGAAUGGCGUCACGAUUCCAAACAGAUCUGUUGUUCAUAUGAUUCUUUUUGUUUGAGCUGUUCAUUUUGGGGAGGGAAUAUUAUUUUGUUCUUUGAGGACUGUGGUUGGGGGAAGUGACAGUCAACAUUGCCUCUUUUUGCCUUGCCUUUCAGGAGGGAAUAGACUGGGGGAUCAUGGGUAGUGUGUUCUGUUCAGUCUGUUUUAUUUUAUUUAUUGUGUUUUUGUUUUGAAUGGGAUUGUAGAUUCAACAAAGUGGAUUGCAAUGUACCAGAGGAAACCAAUUUAAAACCAGAAGUACAUAAAAAACAAUUGUAGUGUAAAUCUAUCAAUCUCUUAUUAUAUUGAUGAACAUCAUGGAAAUAUAUAUAUAUAUUUCCAUGAUGUUCAUUGGUUUUCCAAUAUAUAUAUAUAUAUAUUGGAAAACCAAUCAUUCUGAUGACCUGUGUUUAUUGUUCCGAGUUUGAAACUAAUGAUGAAAUUAAAUGAAAUCUAUGAUAAAAUGGG